AUGUCGGGAAAUGCCUCUCCGGUGGGCGCCAUAUUGAAGCAGCAACUAUUGUUAUAAAUUGAGUAGGGGCUGCUGCUGGCUGGGUUUACAUGUUUUUUUUGCGUGUUCGUUCUGGAUUUUUUUUGGAAAUAACUACGCAAGGUCAUGAAAGAGAUGUCAACGACUGGAAGUAGUACGCUUGGCGGGCAGCAGCCUCGGAAACAUUAUGGCAUCACAUCUUCUAUCAGUCUAGCCUUUCCCAGAGAGAUAGACCAUAUCUACACUCAGAAGCUCACUGAGGCUAUGAAACCCUUUGGAGUGUUUGAGGGUGAAAAUGAGCUUAAUCACAGGCUUGCAGUUCUUGGGAAGCUGAAUUCUUUUGUUAAAGAGUGGAUUGCAGAGAUCAGUGAAACGAAGAAUCUUCCACAGUCAGCAGUGGCGAAUGUUGGUGGCAAAAUCUUUACUUUUGGCUCAUAUAGGUUGGGAGUGCACACGAAAGGUGCUGAUAUAGAUGCUUUGUGUGUGGCCCCACGACAUGUUGAACGCAGUGACUUUUUUUCAUCUUUCUUUGAAAAACUAAAAAGACACGAUGAAAUUAAGGAUCUACGGGCUGUGGAGGAUGCAUUUGUACCAGUGAUCAAAUUCAAGUUUGACGGCAUUGAGAUUGACCUGCUGUUUGCAAGGCUUGCUUUCCAGUCCAUACCUGAUAAUCUGGACCUAAGAGGAGAUUCACUUCUCAGAAACCUGGACAUCAGAUGCAUUCGCAGUCUAAACGGUUGUCGUGUUACUGAUGAAAUCCUGUAUUUGGUGCCUAAUAAAGAGAAUUUCAGAUUAACUUUGAGAGCAGUUAAAUUGUGGGCCAAACGCCGUGGAAUCUAUUCCAACAUGCUAGGCUUUCUGGGUGGAGUUUCCUGGGCUAUGCUAGUGGCCCGGACAUGUCAGCUGUACCCCAAUGCUGUUGCUGCCACGCUAGUCCACAAAUUCUUUCUGGUUUUCUCUAAAUGGGAAUGGCCAAAUCCUGUGCUUUUAAAACAACCUGAGGACAGUAACUUGAAUCUACCAGUCUGGGACCCACGGGUGAAUCCAUCAGACAGGUACCAUCUGAUGCCAAUCAUCACUCCAGCGUAUCCACAACAAAACUCCACAUACAACGUGUCCACAUCCACACGCACCAUCAUGAGCGAAGAGUUCAAGAAUGGUCUCAUGGUUACGGAUGAAAUUCUACUGGGUAAAGCUGAUUGGUCCAAGUUGUUUGAACCUCCCAACUUUUUCCAGAAGUACAAGCAUUACAUCGUCCUCACUGCCAGUGCAUCCACUGAGGAAAACCACCUAGAAUGGAUUGGACUGGUGGAAUCAAAGAUAAGAGUGUUGGUUGGAAAUUUGGAGCGCAAUGAGUACAUCACGCUUGCCCAUGUGAACCCACAGUCUUUUCCUGGGUCAAAAGAGAACCCCAACGAAAAUGAAUUUGUGUCCAUGUGGUUUAUUGGAAUCAACUUUAAAAAACUGGACAACUCUGACUGUGUGAAUAUUGACUUGACCUAUGACAUCCAGUCUUUCACUGACACUGUUUAUAGGCAGGCUAGCAACAUCAACAUGCUGAAAGAGGGUAUGACCAUUGAGGCCACACAUGUGAAAAAGAAACAGUUGCACCAUUACCUGCCUCCUGAACUUGUGCAGAGGAAGAAAAAGCAGAGUUUGGGAGAUAUUAACCGGAGUUCAAAUGGUGGUGGGUCAAAGCGCUGCUCCCUGGAUGGCAGUCAUCUGGACAGCUCCACAGACACAGGCACUCCGUUCAGCUCGCCAACACCAGUCAGCAAACCAUGCCAACCAGUAUCUACGCCUGAAGACAGUAAUACCAGUCCUCCAAAGCUACCAGUCAGUGUAUUUAUGGAAGGCUCCCCACCAUCCGAAUCAUCUCCAACAUCAGAACAGGGAAUGUCCAUCCCAGUCAUUGGCUCCAAGCCCACUGCCACUCCAGUCUCAGAACCCCCAGCUGGCAGUACCAUACCCACAGUGGUGGGCCGUAAUGUAAUGCCACGGUUGAUCUCUCCCACUCCUACUGAACUGCCCAACAGCCUUAAUGGAGCUGCACCAAAGAGACCUCACUCUCCAUCACUGGAGGAGCCACCGAAAAGACUCAAAGAUACAGAGGAGGGGGUCCCUGAUGACUCUGCAUUUAAGGAACCAUACCCUGUAACUGGCAAUGGCUUGGAUCUAGAAGAGGGGCUGACGGAGGAGGGUCUUGCGGCUACAAACCCUAUGCCAAUACCUACAAUUGAUACAUCAAGAACACAGAGGCUACCAAGUAAUGAACUUCCAGAUGCAUCAUCCCCAGUUCCCACAAGCAACCUCCGUGUGAUUAAAAACUCUAUCAGGCUCACAUUAAAUCGAUAACAGUGAGUUGUCUUGAGGUAACCUUGAUUGUUGCCACUCAUGGUUUCCCUUUAAAUGUUUUCCUAUGUUUUCUAAUAUCCCUGCACAGGUUGUCCCUAAAAAUGUGGGACCACCCUUGUAACAGCAGUGCUGCUUUUAAACUGCUACUGAUGGUUGGCUGGUCUUCCUGCUUGUUACAAAGGUAUCAGUGUGUAGUCUUGGCAUAUGGAUUGAUAGAGGUUCUUAUUUUAAUGCCUUACUGUCUCAGAAUGCUUGCUUGGUAAACAUCCGUUUGAGCUUUUGAAACAAAUUGUACAGUAGAUGUAGUUUGUAUAUAACUUAAAAAUCAUUGUUAAUCUUUCUAUGCCACCUUAAUGUAGAUUUUAAUAACAAAAAAAUGUUAAAAAAAAUUGUCCUGUUUGUCGCUUUAAAUUAGAUUCUUCAUUGUUUGUAGAAGCUGUUCCCUGCAAAACCUUUUGUAAUCAUUGUAUUGGUUCUGGUACAGUUUCUGGGAGGACCUUUUGUUUGGGGUGUGCGUGCGUGCGUAUGUAUGUAUGAAUGAAUGACCAGCAUUAGAAACUAAAAACCGUAACCCAGUUACCUAUUCACAAUCAUCUCUACUGCCACUCCAUGGCUCAGAGAAAAAGAACAGUAUUAGUACUGGGAUCGAGGAUGGUUGUUGGGCCUCUGUCUCAAGGUAGUUUGAUGCAAGUUCUUUUUUCUAUGGAUUCAAUAUUUGCUAAAUGACUCCUGAGUGAAUGUUGGUUUAUUGUGUGCAUGUGCAUGACUGUAGUUCCCUGCGUCUAGGGCAUCACCCCUGCACCUCCCAUGGAGGUCUGAAUGGCAGAGUCUCCUGAACUUCAAGAUCCGAAAUUAAAUGAGAACUGCCUGUUUUUUCAUGAUUUUCCUAUUUGCAUUUUCUUUUCGUGUUGCAAGCCUCCUGCCCUAUGGGGUGUACAGAGUAUCUGUGGAUUUAAAAAAACAACAAAAAAAUAGGUUUACUGUUCAUAUGGGUUUUCUUAACUUUUUAUUUAUUUGGACCAUUAUAAUUUUAUAUCACAGACCUAGCAGCUGGGUUUCUUUCUUCUAGAUAUCAGUUAUAUUGGUCAGAAUUGGAUCUUCCUUGUCACCUUCAGAAAAUCUGCUUGUCUUUUUUGUCUUUGAUUUUUUUUCUUUUUUGGCGGGGGGGUGGGGUAGGGCAAAAGUUGUAUUUGAAAUGAUAUUUUUGUAUGUAAUGUAAACUGCCUUUACAUUUAAGAACAUAAAAUUCACAAAACCCCAAA